AUGUUUAUAUUAUUUACUCUAUCGAAUUUAAUUCUCCUGAUACUGGGAUUAUUUUCUACAUUAUUUAUUAUUUACGGUGGCAUAAAGCGGAAAGCAUCAUUUUAUGCAGUAAAGAAUCGAAAAGAAUUUUUAGAUUCCAUCGAAUCUGAUGCGAUAAAAUUAAUACUUGGAUUUUUUCAUCCGUACUGUAAUGCAGGUGGUGGUGGGGAACGUGUUCUUUGGACUGCAAUCCAUACCAUUCAAGAAAAUUAUUCAAAUGUAAUGUGUGUUGUAUAUACUGGCGAUACGAAUGUAACGAAAGAAGAAAUCCUGGAAAAAGUCAAGACGCGAUUCAGUAUCGAACUUAAUCCUGACACAGUAGCCUUUGUAUUCCUGAAUAAUCGUAAAUGGGUGGAGGAUAAUCGAUACCCAAGAUUUACACUAUUGGGUCAGAGCCUUGGUUCCAUUGCUCUUGGAUUCGAAGCUUUGAAGAAAUUAACGCCAGAUAUUUAUUUUGACAUGCUUAACAAAGUACAAGAACGACGUCCAGGAUUUAACAAUGAUAAUUUAAUUGCCCGAAGUCGUGUGUUUAGUAUUGGAAAAAUAUGGUACUACCGUAUUUUUGCAUAUCUUUAUUCACUUGUUGGAUCAUUCGCUGAAAUAGCAAUGGUCAACUCAACCUGGACAAAAGGACAUAUUGAUCAACUUUGGGGUGUAAACAGCAAGAUAGUUUAUCCACCAUGUGACACUGAAGCUCUAUCGAAACUUCCUUUAGAUGGAAGGCAGAGAAUUAUUGUCAGUGUCGCACAGUUUAGGCCAGAAAAAGAUCAUCUACUUCAGCUGCGUUCAUUACAUCAGUUGCUAUUGGAUCAUCCUAACUUCCGAGAAGGUAAGGAAAAAGUUGAGCUUGUGCUAAUAGGAAGUUCUCGAAAUGCAAGUGAUGAUGCCAGGAUUGCUAAAUUGAGAGAAAAAUGCAAAGAAUUGAAUAUUGUGGAUAAUGUGAAAUUUGAAAUAAAUGCAAGUUUUCAAGUUCUUGUAGAAUGGCUUUCAAAAGCUAAAGUUGGAUUACAUACCAUGUGGAAUGAACAUUUUGGAAUUGGCGUUGUUGAGUAUAUGGCUGCCGGAAUAAUUACUGUUGCUCACAAUUCUGGUGGUCCAAAAAUGGACAUAGUGAUUUCGCAUAAUGGCCAAAGAACAGGAUUUCUUGCAAAUGAUCCUGAAACAUUUGCGUCUGAAAUAUUCAAAGUAUUUUCUCUAUCGGAUGCUGAAUUUAGAAAUAUACAAAUUAAUGCAAGAGAACAUGCAGUCAUACAUUUUUCUGAGCAUGUGUUUCAAGAUGCGAUUUUGAAAUUAUUUGAACCAAUACUUGGAUUAAAUAAGUCAAAUUCGUAA